AUGUUUAUUGUAUCCCUAUUACUUAGUUUAUUGAUCAUUGUCCUAUUCCAUUAUUCCUAUACUUUGAGGAAAAAGGGAGGCAAUGCUCCACCAGGACCAUUCGCUUGGCCAAUCAUUGGCAACUUGCAUUUGAUUGCUGAUGGCCGUCCACAGAUUGGUCUGUUCAGGUUGUACCAGAAGUUUGGAAAGGUGUUCCAUAUCUGGAUGGGCAGUGUCUAUACUGUGGUCUUGUGUGAGCCUGAUGUGAUCAAGGAGGCCUUUAUCAAUCAGGGUUCACUCUUUAACGAUAGACCAACAAAUUUGACCACUCACAUCGUUGGCGGUGAGAACAAUGUCGCCUUUACCAACGGUGCCCAUUGGACCAAGUUGCGUGGCAUAGUCAGCAAGGCAUUGACCAAGGCCAAGACCAGACAAAUGGAGACCUUGAUCUUGGGUCAGUUUGAAAAGAUGUGUGAGGCCAUCCAAGAUGAUAUCAAGGCUGGUAAGCCAUUCUACAUUCGUCCAUACCUUAGAACAAUCUCGUUCAGUGUGAUGAUGACCUUUUUGUUUGGAAAGGAGAUAUCAUUCAAACCAAAGGAGCUGGAUCCAGAGUUCACAAAGAUGAUCUCAGACAGCCAGAGACUUGCCAACCUCAUGUCUGCAGGUAAUCCAGGUGACUACAUCAAGUUCCUCAGACCAUUCAACAGUCUGAAUAAGUUUGAUGACUUGGAGUUGGUUGUCCAUGACAUCCUCGAGUUUGCCAAGAAGUAUGUAAAGGAGCAUCUUGAUACCAUUGAUCGCAGCAACCCAAGAGACUUUAUGGACCAGUUGAUCAUCGAGUAUGAGAAGGACCAAGUAACAGACAAUGUGUUGGACUAUAGUAGUAUCCAUAGGAUAUGUCUGGACAUUUUGGUUGGUGGUACGGACACUGGUGCGACUACAAUCGAAUGGUUGGUUCUAUUGAUGGCCAAUCAUCCAGUGGAGCAAGAGUUGUUGAAUAAGGAGUUGUUGACCUGUAUCGACAGUGAUGAGAAGUACAUCAGCAGUGUUCACAAGCCACUCUUGCCCAUCCUCAACAGCACUAUCAAGGAAGCAUGGCGUUACCGUCCCGUCGCGCCCCUCGCCCUACCACACAAGUCAACCGAAGAUUGUACCGUUGGUGGAUACUUCAUUCCCAAAGGUUCACAAAUCUUGAUCAACAUCUAUUCUGCGUCAAUGUCUGAGAAGCUAUGGGAGGAACCUACAAAGUUUGAUGCAUUCCGCUUCAUUAAGGAUGAUAGUAGGACGAUGGUGUUUGGUGAGGGUCCAAGGAAGUGCGUAGGAUUCAACUUUGCAGAGACCGAAGUGUUCCUACUCGUCUCCAACCUCUUCAAGAGAUUCAAGUUUGUUCGACCAUCUGAUGAACUACUCGAUGAUGCUGGAACUGUUGGUAUCACAUUAGAACCUGCACCUUUCGAUGUAUUAGUAGAGAACAGAUAG